AUGCAAGGGCGGGAUCUACGAUCGCUCGAUGUCGCGGACUAUGAUUCGAGGUCUCAUACAGACAGGGUAGAUCAUGGCUGCGGUGGUGGGUCAGCGGGUAUUCCAACCCUCUGGAGUAGAAGCAGCGUAAUACUCAGUACAGUAGCGACAGCGCGGCAGAAACUUAUCACAUCGUUUCUUGCGAGCCUUGCAGUUGGCGCAUACAUUAGGGGACUUCAAAGUGGCGGCUGCUGGCAUGAUUGCUUUGAUGAAAUUGACAGUGGGCUAGCGAGAAUAGAAAGAGUUUCGUGCAGACCUGUCGGGGAUCAUCGGCCGCCGCUACGACGGUUGUUCCUAGCAAGCACUGCCAGUCGCCCAAAAUUAGGCGUAGAGGCGCCAUCGGUUACCGCCGCAUUGAUUGGGUGA